AUGCAGUACAUCUGAAAGGCUUCCAGUUGGAAAUAAGGAAACUGCAUGGACCAGCUGAAUAUCCCAUGACUUCCUGUCGAAUAUUUGAUCUCACAGGAAACAAACUUCAGGGAAAUGAUAACAAUCUGGAGUUCUCUGAAAUAUUUCCCGGAUUGGGGACAGGGCCAGACAUUCAGUAUCGGGCCACAGUAUGCUCACUGCCUCGCGAGACCCACUGCCAGAGUAACUAUUUCGCCCUACCGGAAGUGAAAGAAAGAUAUGAUACGGCCGCCGAUUGGAGCCCAUUGAUAACGUAUCGUUUUUCAAGAAACUCCAAACUCCUCUGUAAUGUAGAGGUGACCUUUUCUCUCGCUCCGACAGAAUACAAGUUUGAAGAGUACCUGGUAUCAAUGUAUAAAAUGUCGGCGCAGGACAAUCCAUUCAAAGAUUGUACGUUACACACUAAAAACCGACAUCAUGCAAUAAGAUUUCCCACCUGGCUGAAAAAAACGCUACAUCCGGGACUGUUAUCUUUGAAAAUAUUCCCGAAAACAGGUAUAUGUUGGAGGUCCAAGCAAUAGAUCCCUACUGGCGCGAGGACAAAUAUGCCUUGUGCUUCUCUGUCCAAGAAUCUGGCAGUCACCAGCGCAAGGAGUGCUUGCGAACACGGAUAAAGAACAUUACUAUUGGUAAUGCAGGAGAACGUGGUGGAGCAGAUGAAUCAUCAACAGAGCCCAAUAUUCUACAAACUAUUAAGGACCAAAGUGAUGGAGCGGAUGCAUCAUCAACAGAGCCCAAUAUUCUACAAACUCCUUACGAUCAAAGUGAGAGACCACGUGAAGCACAGACAGCACCAAUUUCGCCAAGCCUUAGUAACAACGAAAUAAAGACACUGAUAAUCGCCACAGGAAUAUGUGUUUGUGUGGUGGUUCUGUUUGCCGCCAUUUUGAUCUUCAUACUUGCACGAAAGAAGGUGCAAAUUAAAGACGAGAGGUUUCCAAUGAGAAGGGUCUACCUCCUCGCUUAUGACGACCACAGAGCACAUACUAAAGCUGUUCAAGCACUUGCCACGCUUCUCAACAAGCAUUGCUACUGUGAUGUGAUAUACCCCAAGUGGUUCAUCUCAGACAUUAGUAAAACUGGCUUGUACGAAUGGAUCGUCACGCAGAUGGACAAGUCCGAUUUUGUUGUUCUUGUGAACUCCAAAGCAGCCUACUGGACCUACACUGCCCAAAACAAGGACACCUUUUUUCGGGCAGGAGAAAAUGGCCCUUUCUCAUUUUCAACGUCACACCUGCGCUCGAAGGAAGGAAAGCAGGAUUUCCUGUACACCGCAAUCAUGACGUAUUUUAACUACACCGACUCCAAUGACGUCAUUCCCUUUAACCCAGGUCUUCAAUACAAGUUACCCGAGAAUUUUCCUGACCUUGUGAAUCACAUCCAUGGUUGCAACAACAUCGGUCUCGGUAAGAGUGACAUCUUAAGAUCCGCAGAGGGAAAGGCCUUGGUGAAAGCCGUCGAUGAAGCUAAGGCCUACCAGCAAACAUGUCCUGACUGGUUUUCAGCACGGGUGCCGGAGAGUGUCCAGUGGUUGGUGUUGAAUCAAGUAGAGGUUGAACCUGAGAACGCUGUUCCUUCACUAAGGGCCUCGUCUAUAGUGCCUUACACAUACACGUUAACUGAAACGCAAGCUUUGUCUAUUGACGGUGAUGAAGCUGUCACACUCGUCCUAGAAGAUGAGACGAAGUUUCCGAUACAUCAUGGACCUGGUUCCUCGUCUAACUCUGGCAUGGUACUACAAUCAAGUCAGUUCUCUCCAGAAUACCUGCACCCCCCAGAAAGCUAUCCUGAGAGCUUGGGUACUGAAGAACUUGAAGUCAGAUUAUUUGCCAUAACUAGUAAAGCUUUUAAAAACUAAUGUCGCGGUUUCUUUCAAUCGAAUGUGCCCUCAAAUGUCUCUAUAGUUCAGAUGUCAGGAUAUAUUGUUUGUAAAAUUUGUAUUUGUACAUCAUUGAAGUAGCCGGACACAUUGUGACAGGUUGUUUGAUACGCCGUGAAUAUGUUAAACCCCUUAUGACGGUUGGAAGGGGGCGGUAGUGAAUGUAUUCCGUUUCAAUCAGAGAAACCAGUACUGGUCGCCAGUAUGAUCAACAACCCACGCUGUCGGAUACGUCGUAGGCAUGCAAUCAUCCAAAGCACAAAGCCUGCUCCGACAAGCAUAAGUUUGCUUGCACCAAUCCAAACCCAAUCCAUCCAAUUGGUGCACCAAUGUGGGGAAUCGAACCUGUUCUUCGGCGUGAUGAGGGAACGCUUUGUUCAUAAGACUGCCCCAUCGCCCCUAAAUAUUAUGAGAAUAUAACACGCUCUUUCCCCUCAUUCUCUUCCCACAGAGGUUACUUCUGUCAUAUCUUCCUACGUAACCUCUGUUCUAAUACGGCCCUU